AUGUCCCAAUACAAGACUUCCAAAUUUGAGCUCGAUAAGGAUGCCGUUCUCUGCUCUUUUCUCAAUGCGGCCGGCCAACACCUUGUUCUCCUCGCCGUCAGUGGCAUCAAUGAUGUAAUGUCCCUCUUUCGCAGCAGUGACUCCGGUCAUGUCAUGUUGCACAUCCGAAAUGAUCAAGACAAGCUCGGUGUUGCUACAGUCAUCGCUGCCGUCGGACAUGAUUUCGAAAGUGCGAAUGCCGCAGUGAUGUACCACGCAAGGAAUCUCGUAGUCGCGGAUAAGACGACGACUGGGGAGUAUGAAGCGGAGAUGAAGGCUCUCCAAGAUGGAGUAAAGGCUGAAUGGAUGGAAAAUUGGUAUGACGGCCUUGGUUUCUGCACUUGGAAUGCUCUUGGGCAACGUCUCACCGACGAGAAGGUGUUCGAGGCUGUCGACACACUAGAGAAAAGCAACAUUCGCAUUACCAGUCUGAUCAUCGAUGACAACUGGCAGAAUAUCGAUUACCGUGGACCUGGGCAAUUCCAACAUGGCUGGAAUGAUUUCGAGGCGGAACCAAAGACGUUUCCAAAGGGUCUCAAGCACACAAUAUCCCAAAUACGAGAGAAGCACCCACAAAUUCAGCACAUUGCUGUAUGGCAUGCGCUGCUGGGCUACUGGGCGGGUCUAGCUCCUGAUGGCAAGCUUGCUAAGACAUACAAGACUGUCGAAGUUGUCCGUGAGGAUGCUGUGCGGCGGUACCUUCCCCUCGGAGGCAAGAUGACAGUAGUUGCGAAGGAAGACGUCUUCAAAUUCUACGACGACUUCUAUCGCUUCCUGUCAUCUUGCGGCGUAGAUGGUGUCAAGACUGAUGCUCAGUUCAUGCCGGACACUUGGGUAUCCGCCAAAACACGGCGUGAGCUCAUGACAGAAUAUUUCGAUGCGUGGACGUUGUCAAGUCUACGACACUUCAGCAUUAAAGCGAUCUCUUGCAUGUCACAAACGCCCCAGAACCUCUUCCACGCACAACUCCCUCGCAACAAGCCCGUCAUCCUCUCCCGCAAUUCAGAUGAUUUCUUCCCGGAAAUUCCAGAGUCACACCCCUGGCAUAUUUGGGCGAAUGCUCACAACGCCCUGUUCACGCAGCAUCUCAACGUCCUGCCCGACUGGGACAUGUUCCAGACCGUGCACGACUACUCCGGUUUCCACGCAGCUGCUCGUUGCGUCAGCGGCGGGCCAGUCUAUAUCACGGACGUGCCAGGCCAUCACAACGUCGAUCUGAUUAACCAAAUGACGGGUAUCACACCGCGUGGCAAGACAGUCAUCUUCCGCCCAAGUGUUCUCGGUCGAAGUCUCGACCAGUAUGUGGGCUAUCACGAUGACUCGUUGCUUAAGGUUGCAAGCUAUCACGGCGCUGCGGUCACGGGCACGCCGAUUCUCGGUGUCUUCAACAUCUCAACCCGCCCACUGCUCGAGAUUAUCCCCAUAUCCCGUCUCUCGGGCGUCAUCCCCUCAGCACAAUACAUCGUGCGAGCCCAUACCACCGGCGCUGUGACAGAGCCCGUCCGGCCGGAUUCGCCAGCAGCAUCACUCACCGUGUCCCUGCCUGUCGGAGGAUGGGAAGUUUUCACUGCCUACCCCGUCAUGCCGUUCCACAGUGAAGAGCUGGGCUUGGUUAGCAUCGCCAAUCUCGGCCUGGUUGGCAAGAUGACAGGUUCUGCAGCAAUCACGUCAAACCAGGCAAUUCUACUCGAGAAUGGAAGGGUAUUUUUGGACACGAGGGUGAAGGCACUGGGGGUUCUAGGGGUUUACAUCUCAUCGCUGCCAAAGAUGAGUAUCGACAAUGAAUUCUUGGCUACCAUCCAAGGGCAAGCGAUUCCGCCCGAUACUGUGUCGGUGAGCAAGGCCAGCAAGUACGUUCUAGAGGUAAAUGUUGAAAAGGCAUGGAAAGAUUUGAAUUUGAGCAGUGGGUGGAGCAAUGAGGUCGAGAUCAAGCUGUAUAUCAGUAUUGAUCAGUGA